UUUUGUAUUUUAGAACUUGAAUUUCUUAGUUACUUGGAUUUGAGUUUCAAUGAAUUUGAUGUGAUAAGUAUUCCAUCCAUUCAAAACAACAUCACACAUUCCUCUAACCUUUUCUACCUUGACUUACACCCCCCCACUUUUACUCUUCACAUGGAUAAUCUGGAUUGGCUUUCACCACAUUCGUCGUUGAAAUAUCUCAACCUUAGUUGGAUUGAUCUUCAUAAGGAAACCAAUUGGCUUCAAAUAGUGAAUUCACUUCCUUCACUAUUAGAAUUAGAGUUGAGUGGGUGCAACCUGAACAACUUCCCAUCUGUUGAGUAUUUGAAUUUGCCUUCACUUGUAACUCUUUCUCUUUCUUUCAACAACUUCACCUCUCAUAUACCUGAUGGGUUUUUUAAUCUCACCAAAGAUCUCACCUCUCUUGACCUUUCAUAUAGCAAUAUACAUGGUGAGAUACCUUCUAGCUUGCUAAACCUUCAAAAUUUGAGACAACUUCAUCUCUCUAAUAACCAACUACAAGGAUCUAUUCCUUCAACUCUAGGAAACCUGUCAUCCUUAAUUUCCUUAUCGAUUGGCUCUAAUAAUUUCUCUGGUGAAAUUUCACAAUUUUUUUUUUCCAAACUCUCUAGUUUAAAUCAUUUAGACUUGAGUAAUUCAAAUUUUGAAUUCCAAUUUGAUUUGGAUUGGGUUCCUCCUUUUCAACUCCAUACCCUUUCAUUGAACAAUAUAACUCAAGGCCCAAACUUUCCAUCUUGGAUAUAUACACAGAAAUCACUGCAAAAUCUCGACAUAUCGAGCGCGGGAAUUUCAUUGGUAGAUAGAUAUAAGUUCUCGAGCCUUAUAGAAAGAAUAUCCUUUUAUAUUGUUUUGUCAAACAAUUCGAUUGCUGAAGAUAUAUCUAACCUAACACUUAAUUGUUCGGUGUUAAGGUUGGAUCAUAAUAAUUUCACAGGAGGACUCCCAAACCUAUCACCAAAGCCUGCGAUUGUUGAUUUAUCUUACAACUCCUUCUCAAGAUCAAUUCCACAUAGUUGGAAGAACUUGUCAGAACUGAGAGUCAUGAACCUGUGGAAUAAUAAGCUGUCUGGGGAACUUCCAUUAUACAUCUCUAACUGGAAAGAAUUACAGGACAUGAACUUGGGAAAAAAUGAAUUUUCUGGAAACAUACCAGUAGGGAUGUCACAAAACUUAAGAGUGGUCAUAUUGAGAGCCAAUAAAUUUGAAGGGAUUAUUCCACGACAAUUAUUCAAUCUCUCUUAUUUGUUUCACUUAGACCUUGCACAUAACAAACUUUCAGGAUCUUUGCCACACUUUGUCUACAACUUGACUCAAAUGGAUACUGAUCAUGUGGAUUUAUGGUAUGAUACCACCAUUGAUUUAUUUACCAAAGGUCAAUAUUAUGUGUGUGAUGUUAACCCGGAUAGGCGAACUAUUGACCUUUCAGCCAAUCACUUGACUGGAGAAGUGCCAUUGGAAUUGUUUCGGCUUGUUCAAGUUCAAUCAUUAAACUUAUCUCACAAUAGUUUCAAAGGAACAAUUCCGAAGACGAUUGGAGGCAUGAAAAAAAUGGAAUCUCUCGAUCUCUCUAAUAAUAAGUUUUUUGGUGAAAUUCCUCAGAGCAUGGCUCUCUUAAACUUUUUGGGGGUGUUGAAUUUAUCUUGCAAUAAUUUUGAUGGAAAAAUCCCAACAGGAACUCAACUUCAAAGUCGUGAUGCAUCAAGUUAUAUUGGGAAUCCUAAACUGUGCGGGGCUCCUCUUAAUAAUUGUACCAUAACAGAAGAAAAUCCUAAAACUGCAAUGCCAUCUACAGAGAAUGAGGAUGAUGAAUCUAUAAAAGAAUCAUUGUAUCUAGGCAUGGGAGUUGGCUUUGCAGCAGGUUUCUGGGGGAUUUGUGGUUCUUUGUUUCUCAUUAGAAAAUGGAGGCAUGCAUAUUUUCGGUUUAUAUAUGGAGUGGGUAACAGACUUUAUGUAACUUUGAUGGUAAAGUUAAAUAGCUUUCGUAGAAGUUGAGCUUCUGCUAAUAAAGGUGAUUAUGUAUGUGGAAGAUCCUGCACUGUUUUGAAAAUCGUUGAUAUAAUUUUCCAAACAGAGCCUAUGUAACUUGAUCACUUGUUGUAAUCGUUGUAUGUUUUUGUUGUAAUGGUUUCAUUCAGGUUGUCAA